AAUUAUUCUAUCCUCGGUCUGUCCAUAAAUAGCACCUGUCAACCACAUUCUGUCAAUCACCACUCUGAAUAUGGCAGCUAUCAUCGACUAUCUGCUAUAUGCAAUCGCCCUCUCAAUAUGCUACACCACCUCUCUCAUCCUCUAUCGUCUCUUCUUCAGUCCUCUGGCCAAGUUUCCCGGGCCCAAACUGGCUGCUGCUACCCAGCUAUAUGAGAUCUACUACGACAUCAUCAAGCAUGGCCAGUUCAUGUAUGAGAUCGAACGAAUGCAUCACCAAUACGGCCCUGUCGUCCGUAUCAAUCCCUUUGAGCUGCACGUCAGAGACCCUUAUUUCUACGACCAGCUCUACGCGGGCCCAUCCAAAGUGCGCGACAAAUAUGCUUCGUUCGUCUUCAAUGGAGAGACAGGCUCGUCCUUUGCCACUGCCCAUCAUGCCCUCCAUCGAACACGCAGGGGAUCACUAGGACCUUUCUUCUCCAAGAAAGCCGUGGCCAAUAUCGAACCACUGAUCCAGUCCAAGGUGAACUUGCUUUGCUCUCACUUUACCCGAGCAAUGGACACAGACGAGGCAAUUGAGUUGCAUACAGCCUUUGCUUGUUUUGCUGCAGAUGUUGUCUCUCAGUAUUCCUUUGGCGCGUCACUCUGCUUUGGCUAUCUCAACCAGCCUCGCCUGAGUGAUCAGUGGAAGAAGAUCAUCAAUGGUAUCUUUGAGCUGCUCAUCAUUCCACGAUUGAUUCCUUCGGCUUAUUUCCUGUCUCACCUCGUUCCACGGGUGGCUUGUAUGAUCAACCCUGUCUUUGAGCCAAUUCCCCAGUUCGAAAAGGAUAUCCACAACAUCGUCAAGCACCUCUCACAACAGAGUUAUUCCGCAGAGAAGGAAAUGCCCAUCUUCCAAUCCAUCAUGCAGAGUGAAAAGCUCCCUGUGGAAGAAAGGAAGCUCAAGAGAAUUGCGGAUGAAGCCGCAUUCCUCGUUGUCGCAGGCACCGAUGCGCCAUCGCAAGUCCUGGCCAUCACCAUCUUUCAUCUUCUGUGGAAUCCUUGCACUUAUCAGAAACUACAAGCUGAACUGGUUGCUGCUCUUCCAGAUUUGCGGACUGAUCCAUCCUGGAGUGCAAUGGAAGAGCUUCCUUAUUUGAAAGCAGUUAUAAAAGAAGGGCUCCGUCUGUCCGCCGUGGUGACAUCGCGUCUUCCCCGUAUUGCACCUAAUGAGGUUCUACGAGUCCAAGGAUGGGAGAUUCCACCGGGUACCCCCGUUGGCAUGUCGAACCACUUCAUCUUGCGAGAUCCCAACAUAUACCACGAACCUAUGCAAUUCCUGCCUGAACGAUGGAUGGGAUCGCCAGAAGAAGUACGAAGACUAGGAAAGUAUCUGGUGCCGUUUUCCAAAGGGAGUCUGGGAUGUUUAGGGCCAACAAUGACAUAUUCGUGGCUGAAUUUGGCACUGGCAACGAUUCUCCGUCGAUUCGAGCUCGCUUUAUUCGAAACAACAGACAGGAAUGUAGAGAUUGUGCGGGAUUGCUUUAAUGGGCAGACUGUGCCUGGUCUGAAUAACGUCAAAGUCAAGGUCAAGCAUUAUAAUCUAUAGACAAUUCCUUGACUACGAAUGAAACUCUGCAUGCUCAAAAUCUGCCGGUACCAAACACCUCUGCAGCUCUCCAAACGCAUACAGUCCCAGCAUCAUACCUGUGAACGGUGCUCCGACCGGUGGUGC